AUGGCUCCUUCAGCAAUUAGUCUUGCUGUCCAAGGACGGGGGAAACCCAUUAGAAAGCUUCCCAAGGAAGUUCAGAUUGCCCCUGAUGCUCCAACCAAGGAACUUUACGACUCCCUAGCGAAAGCCUCGGGCUAUUCCAUCCAUCGUCUGAGGAUCACCAAAGCAACCGACCGAACUGUGGUCCCAAACUCUAACGAAAGCACCAUUGCGGGAGCUGGACUUGGUGAAAAGGCCGUCGUCCAUGUCAAGGACUUGGGUCCCCAGAUCGCAUGGCGCACUGUGUUCAUUAUUGAGUACCUCGGCCCACUUCUAAUCCCUGCUCUUGUCCUUUACCCUCUUCGACCAUACAUCUAUUUCAAUUUCGACUCCAUCCCCGAUCCCAGCGACCUUCAACUGCUCGUUUGCGCGCUUCUCACAGCCCACUUUGUCAAGCGUGAAUAUGAAACCCUUUUCGUCCACCGUUUUAGCAAUGCCACAAUGCCUGCCCGCAACAUCGUCAAAAAUAGUGGCCACUACUGGGUUCUUGCCGGCUGCAACAUUGCUUACUGGGUCUUCCGGCCUGACUCUGCCGCAGCCGUGAACCAGAUAAGCCCCGUUUUGCUCUACACUGGUCUUGCCCUCUUCGUGUUCGGAGAAAUCGCAAACUUCAACACCCAUUUGGUGCUGCGGGAUCUUCGCCGUCCAGGAACUACCGAGCGCGGUAUCCCGACUGGGCUUGGUUUCAGCGCUGUGACCUGCCCCAACUACUUCUUUGAGAUUGUCGCAUGGGUCGGUAUCUACCUGGUCAGUGGCUUCAGCUGGAGCGUUCUGCUAUUCAUCGUUGUGGCGGCUGGACAGAUGGUUCUCUGGGCCCAGAAGAAGGAGCGGCGGUACCGCAAGGAGUUCGGCGACAAGUACAAGCGCAAGAGGUUUGUCAUGCUCCCGGGCCUGAUCUAA